CAUAAUUUCCAUAAAUUAUUUCAAAAAAGAUCACAUCAAAUUAUCAAUACUAGUUUGCAAAUUGUAUUCAGAGAAACAGAAAAGGAAGAAGCAGAAGAUAUGAUUAGAGAACAUGUGAGAAUAUCACUUGAUGAUAUGCUUUGCUAGAAACUGACGAGUGGGCCCUGAAGCCCAUUACCUACGAAUAGAAAAAAACAAAAACAAAAACAAAAAACGCUCUCUUCUUUUAUCAUUUCUAUCACGAAGACACCAUUCACGCUUUUGCCAGCAGAAAGCUCAGAGCUUUCCUUCUUCCACAACAACUCUGUUUCUCUGUUACAGAACUCAGCUGCUUUAUCUUCUCUCUAGUUGCGGAUCAGAGCUUUAUUUCGUGUUUAAGGUUUUGCAAUGGACUCCCCAAAGUCUGUUGUUUCACCAUUCAAGAUUGGUGAGUCCGAGAAGGAGAACUCAACUUCUGUGCAGAGCUCUGGAAAGCAAUCAACCGGCAUAAAAACCAAUGGAAAAGAUUCCAUCACAUGUGGCCAGCAAGACCUUGUUGGUACUCUGGAGGUUCAUGUGCAUCAGGCAAGGGACAUCCAUAACAUUUGUAUAUACCACAAGCAAGACGUUUACGCCAAGCUUUGCCUUACAAGUGAUCCUGAAAAGUCUGUAUCGACCAAAAUCAUCAAUGGCGGUGGGAGGGAUCCGGUUUUUGAUGACAAAGUUAAGCUUGAUGUCAGGGUUGUCGACACUUCCCUCAAAUGUGAGAUUUACAUGAUGAGCAGGGUGAGGAACUAUCUCGAAGACCAGCUCCUUGGUUUCACUCUGGUUCCUAUGUCUGAACUGCUCUUUAAGAAUGGGAAACUCGAGAAAGAGUUCGCUCUUUCUUCCUCUGAUCUGUACCAUUCGCCAGCUGGUUUUGUUCAGUUGUCUCUCUCCUACAAUGGAUCCUACCCUGAAGUGAUGGCGUUUGCCACUAUGCCUUCACCUGUUUCUGUUGAUGAAUCUACCAAGAAUCCAGAAGGGUCUGAGUCACUUCCUGAUGAGUUGGAUAAGAUAGAGUUUCCAGAUCCCAAUGUCGCUAAUGAAAAUGAGAAGAUGGUUUCCGAGUAUUAUGGGAUCUCCUGUUCCACUAUCGACUCAGGAACUUCUGACAGCUUGGUUACUUCCGAUGCUGAGAAUCAUGUAACCAACUCUGUCACUUCUGUACUGAAGCAAGAUUCACCUGAGAUCAGUAAUGCAACUAAUGAAGCUGCUUCUCCUCACGCUUCAGCUCACUCUGCAACAGAAACACCAAACCAUGAUCAUCUCCCUCUCGUGAACUCCAAAGCCGAUUCUCAGGAGGAGUCAGAGACUGAGGCUUCAGGUGAGACAUCCAAUGAGAAGACUGUGAAACCCAUCCUCAGUGUGAGGGUUGAGGAAGAGUCAAAGGUGGUGCAGCAGGAUAUAGUGGACAUGUACAUGAAAAGCAUGCAACAGUUUACUGAUUCACUGGCUAAGAUGAAGCUUCCUCUGGACAUUGAUAGCCCAACAAAGUCAGAGAACUCAAGCUCUGAUUCUCAGAAGCUGCCAACACCAAAGAGCAAGAAUGGAUCCCGUGUGUUCUACGGGAGCAGGGCGUUCUUCUGAGCAUCUGUUUUACCAAGUUCAGAGGAAGAACGCAGGUCACUCCUAGACUUUUUACUAAUGAAGAAAGACUAAUCACCUAAUAAUGUACUGUUUGAUGUUGUAUCUCCCAUCUGGCCAGCUUGAUGUUUUAGUUGAUGUGAAGUUAUAUUAUGUAUCACUAGCCUUUGUACUGUAUGAAGUAUGUCCUCAUUAUAUGAACUUAUGCUGCCUAAUCA